AGCAGCAGCAGUCCGUAGUUGUGUGAGGCAGCUCGAAGCAGAGGGGCGGGGAGGGGGCGCAGCCGGAGCUCACAUUCAUUAACGACCACCGACAACCGGGAAGCCUCCUCCGGUAGCAUCACAGCGCUCACCGACACACGACCGGGGAAGAUGGUCGCGGUGCAGAUGUCCCCCAACUCGUCUCCGUCUGCGGAGUGGAUCUGCUGUCUGGAUAAAAGGCCCUCGGAGCGCUCGGGAGAGGAUGUGGACAUCAUUCUGACCAGAUUGAGAGAGGUCAAAGCCUUCCAUAGGUUCCCACCUCCGCUCUUACUGCAGAUCUGUGCCUGUGCCUUCUAUGAGUGCCUGGAGAAAGGCAUCACAUUGUUUCGACAGGGAGACAUAGGCACCAGCUGGUAUGCUGUGUUGUCCGGCUCUCUUGACGUCAAAGUGUCAGAAACAGCCAACCACCAGAUCCACUUUGCUCUACAAGUGCUCCUCGUUAAAGAGCUGGUGCUGUACGACUCUUCAAUGCUGACAUUGUUCCAGUACAUUAGCUCAUGUCUCCCUGCUUAA